AUGGGGCCGAAGAAGAAGCUGGUUGAAGUGGAGCUGGAGGAAGAACCGCAGAAGGAAGGAGCCACAGCGGGGGAGGCCAUGGCUGAUCUACCUGAGGCGGUGCCACCAGGUAGCAUCGAUUUGACUUCCAUUGUGUGUAUGAUUCAAAAAUGCCUGCAGUCUCAGACGGACCUCAGCAAUCGAUGGCACAGUGAGACACAGAGGCAGGAUGAACGAUGGAGGCAAAUGCAGGAGCAAGUCAACCGCCUUAGUGAUUCUACGAGUCCUAGGGGUGAGCCACAACCACCCACCAACCCCCCUCCACACCAACAGGCUGGACAAGCACCAGGGUCCCCUACGCUACAGGAACACCUGGCGAAAGGCUGGGCACAGUCAGCUAUUCCCAGGUUGGAAGAUGGUGAUGACAUUGAACAAUAUCUCACCACCUUUGAGCGUCUGGCUACCGCUUAUCAAUGGCCACAGAUGGACUGGGCAGUUAGACUAAUCCCAUAUCUAACUGGUAAGGCCCGUGCCGCCUAUGUUGCCAUGGCUUUUGAAGAUUCAUGCAAUUAUAAGAGUGUGAAGGAAGCCAUUUUGACAAAAUAUGAAAUAAAUGAAGAUGUAUAUCGCCAGCGGUUUCGUGAGCCUGACAUCCAGUCAGGAGAGACGCCGCGGGAAUUCUACAACCGUCUUAAAGACUUGUACCAGAAAUGGAUGCAGCCAGAGAAGAAGACAAAGGAGCAAGUGGGUGAAGUUCUCAUUCUAGAGCAGUUCUACCAUUCACUGUCACUGGAGCUGAGAGUCUGGGUUAAGGAGCGCAACCCAGCUUCAGGACGGGAAGCAGCUGAGUUCGUAGAGAACUUCCUCUCUGCCAGACGUGGACCAAAGACUUUCAGGUUCGACCGCCACCCCAAAAGCAGCACCUCGCAGGGUAAGUCAGUGGGUCCUGGUAUGGGUGGUGGUCCGGUUCAGGGGGGAGGGGCCUCUAAGCCUGGAGAGGACAAUGUUAAUUUCAGUCAGGCCAAGCCUUUCACCAAGGGACUUAUUUGUUUUUCGUGUGGUCAGGGGGGGCACAAAAAGCCUGACUGCCCUGUUAAAAAAACAAAAUCAGCUCAUUAUUGUACUGUUCCUUUGUCAGAAAGGGAGGAGCUCCAGGUGAACGGCAAACGGCAAAUUACUGAGGUCAAAGUCAAUGGGGAGCCAGCAUUAGCUUUAUUGGACACAGGGAGCGUGCAAACCCUUGUCAAUGCCUCAGUUUUGAAAGGUCAGUGCCAGUUUACAGGGCCAGGCCUGGACAUUUCUUGUGUUCAUGGGGAUCACCGUAUUUAUCCAACGGCCAUAGUGUACAUUGAAGUGGCAGGCCAGAUAUACCUGUUAACCGUUGGGGUUGUUGAAAACCUUGCUCAUCAGGUGAUUUUGGGUCAAGAUAUUCCCGCCUUGCGUGAGCUAGUCCAGGCUGGUUUAGACGAGAGACAAGGGGAGUGAGAAAACAGAAAAGUGUCACUUUAAGGGCACCAAAAAUGCA